AUGUUCGCCGGAGUCGGGAGUCCGCCGCCGACUGAGGGCUGUGCCGCAGUUGGAGGAAACAGAUACUACAGAUCCCACAUCCUCAAGAAGUUCGAUCCCAAGACAGCCUUGGUCUUUAUAGAUGUGUGCACGAAUGAAAAACUAUUGUUAGAAGUGUCCAUAUCCAUUUCUCUGACAAUUGCGCCUCUGGAAGCCGCCGGCCGAAGCGUUACAUUUCACCGAGGAAUGCUUCACGGGCUAACAGUUCAUCUUCCCGGCGUAUCGGGCUUCCCGGUACCCACAUCUGGCAGCAUGUUCUGCGGCCAGAAGUUUCCGCCUAUCAUCACCGCCCGGGGAUGGAUUGGGCCCAAGACACGCUGA